GAGAUUCCUGUGCUUUUCUUUUAUGGAUUCUCCAGCGGGGGCGUUUACGGGAAUUUCGGGGGAACUCCAGCCGGAGCGCUUAAAAUGCGGCUCCGAGUCGCAGUGAGCCGAGCGAUUCACCAUGAAGACAGCACCCGUACUGUUCCUGUCCCUGGUCGGCGCCGUGCUCAUGUCAGGACAGGUGUUUGGAGGAGUCUAUGUUCCAUUAAGAUGUACUUGUCUGAAGGUGACUGAAGUCGUCAAGGAACCGUUAAGUGAUAUUAAGGUCAUCGAAAAAGGUCCUCACUGUGAAAACAAUGAAAUCAUAGUUACACUGAAAACUCAAGCAGGAGAUGGUCUGCCCAGGGAGGUGUGCUUAAAUCCUUCCGGGAAGCAGGCAAAACGACUGCAACACUGCUUGACAAGAAACAAGGAAAAGAAGCAAUGCCUGCAGCCGCAGAGAGGGAGACGGGGACGGAAACAGAAACGGAAGCGGACACAGAAAUAGAGGCAGACAUCCAAGAGGAGCAGAGGAACAAAGCAAAUGGCCUUGCAAUCGUGAUGCUCGAGGUUCACGUGACUAAGCAGACUACUGUCCACUGAGGCCGUAAAUGUGGCCGGUUCUGUGGGGCCUAUGUCACUGUCACAGUACCUGUGUCUACUUUCAGGACCAAAGAAAAUAUACAUAAUAAGGAGAUUCUCCUUCCAUCCUAGCAGCAUCCAGACCGGGAUCUGCCUUUUCCUCAGUAAUAAGCAGCCAGCUGACAUGUAUGCUGGUGCACCUUAAAAUAAAGUACUGCUGUGUGGUUUGUUGUUACCGCAGCAAAUCAUUUGAAGCAGAAGCAGGGAAGCUUCUGCAUGUAGUGUAAUCAAACCAUGUCUGUGCUCUUACUGUAUGAAUGUUAACUUAUUACAAAGCGUAUUCAUUAAACUGAUUGAAACCUUG